UUAUAAAUUUGAAAUAUCAAUUUGUAAAUUACUAUAAUAAUUAUUACACAUUACUAUUGUCUAAUAUCUAUUCCUGUUAUAAGUUUCACACUUAACAGUACAUCGAACUUCAUGUUGAUUUUUCUUUCUCGGAUAAUUUCUACACUGAAUUCGAAACAAAAACCAUUACUAUUUGUGCGCUUACACUAUGGCAUCGAAAAUCGAAUGUGUUCUGAGACAAGCUCUUACUACUUUUUCUGGUUCAUAUACAUCAAAAACUUUUCAUGAUAACUUGGUUAAAUUGAAACGAAUUGCCAAUGAAUUGGAUGCGCGGUCUGUUGCCUUAGAUGUUAGAUUAUUGCGAUGGGACACAUUUGAAUUGAACAAUAGCCUUGAUCAACUGUCUGGAUCUACAUUUAUACGUCGCCACCAAGCACCUGUUACUUAUAUUGAAGUGUUUGAAGACCAAAAUGUGUCAAUUGGAGUUUUUGUGUUGAGAGAUGGUGCUAAAAUACCUCUACAUGACCAUCCAUAUAUGUAUGGUGUAUUGAAAGUCAUCUACGGUAAAGUAAAAAUACAAAGCUAUACACCUAAGCAAAAGGAUUAUAGCCAAUUAAAUGACUGCAAUAUUAGUGCUAUAAAAUUAGCACCGAUUAUUGUGGGAGAAACGGACGAUCCAUGUGUGUUAUGUCCUGUUGAAGGAAAUAUUCACCAAGUCGACACUAUAGAUGGUCCAGCUGCUUUUGUUGAUAUACUAGCUCCACCAUAUAAAACUGAUAUUCCAGAAGUAGGGAAGCGAUGUUGCCGAUACUUUAAAGAAGUAAAUAUAUCUAAAGACAUAACGCUAGCAAUUGUAUCAGACCCCAAAGAUUAUUGGAGUGAUACAGCUCCGUACACUGGACCUCAAUUUAGUAUAUGCCUUGAAUCUAAAACUUAAUAUUUUACAUUUUCCAUAUACAUUUAUACAUCAUAUAAAAUAAAACAAUAUUAUUCUAGGACAACUAGUCAUCAGUAUCUAUACAAAAUAAUUUUACUUAUAAAUUAUAAUAUAUAAUAUUAAAAAAUGGUGGGACUUUUGUUUUUUAGUUUUUACAGUAUUUAAUGAAAAAAUUAAAUAAAUAUUUUGUUCUGUAGUUUUAGUUGCAUUGACAAAGUACUAUAUUAGUUUGUUAUUAUUUUGGUUAUAAACUAAAUACUUACCUAUUAAUACAGACAUUUUAUUGUUAUUAAUUAUUAGCUGAUAUUUAUGCAUAUA